AUGGAAGUGGACGAGUUCGCGGAGGCUGUUCAAAGGACAGAUAACGGAGCCGUGCUUGCCGAGGCAUUUCAGGAGGCAGUGCGAAAGCAGGCGGUCCAGGUGAACCAACAGCAGGGUGCCGAGAACCCCGAGUUUAUUGCGCUGGAACGCGAGGCUCGGUUGUGGUCGCUGGUGCAGACAGUACAGGCGAGCAUAAACCACACAGAAUCUGGGCGGCAUUCCCAAGUACUCGCAUGGCUCAUGGAAAUGCAAAUCACGCCUGCCGAGCCGUCGGACUUUACCGCAACGAAAUGGCUUCACACAACCACGCAGGUGAGGGCUGGUCAAGGUGGUUCAAUUAGAAUGCUGGAUCUAGAUGCGCCGGUACGAGAAGGAGCUGCUAUUGACGCAAGUGAUGCCGAGGCAGAUGCCACUGUGUUUAAUUACAUCUUCGAUCUUCUCCUUGCUGGGAAACGCAAAAAGGCCGCGCGAGUCUGCUCGUCAACAAACAAUUGGCAGCUCAAAGCUCUACUAGAGGCUCAAAUAACUGCGUUAACUGCCGCAACGUGUUUUGCCGUUUCCACUACAUCUAAUAUUACUAUCGCCGAAAGAGCAGUCUAUGGAUUUCUGGCCGGAGAUGUCCAAUCAGCCCUGCCACUUUGCACAACCUGGGAGCAGCAGUUUAUCGUGAUGCUGAACUCCUUGGUAUGUUCUGAACGUUUCUCUAGCGAAAAAAUCAAACUUGCCCUUCCUGUGUGCCCUUACAAGUCCUUUGAUGACGUUUUUGCGGCUUUGGCGAAACUGCCUUUAAGUAACGAGUUCAUCUACCGAGUAAUGGGUGCAGUGAUCUCCGACAAAAUCGGCGAGCUUGAAGCAGAGGUAGCAAAGGAAAUCAAUCUGCUGGCCAGUGCUCCAGAUACCGUAUCUGCUGAUCCAAGUUAUGUUCGAAUUGCUGCUCACUUGGCUCUGGUAGCCCCGCAGGGUGUCGCUGCCAAAGAUUCAGAGUUGGUGAUUGAUGCCUACAUUUCGUAUCUUGAGAUGUUGGAGAAGUGGCAUUGGAUUCCAGGCUAUGUUAGAUUUUUGCCCAAGCAAGCUAUGGCCGAGGUAUAUGGCCGGGUUCUCGCUCAGAUUGCAGCAGCCCCCCAGCGGCAACUGCAACUACAAAUUGCGUCCAAGUUCGACUUGCCCAUCAAAGAAAGUAUCAAGACAGCUGCGAACCUUAUUUUGCAACAGAACUCUGACAUGUUUGUCGAAGAUGAUGUACAUGACGAAAUUGAGACUGAGCAAGUGGGCCAACAUGCCCAACAAUUAAUUGCUGCUAUCGAAUGGCUCAGGGAAGCACAGCUUUGGGAUAGCACUGCAGAGACUGUGGCCGUUGUUGCGGAUGCCCUGCUGCGACAUGGCGAAAUUGCCGCGUUGCGACGAUUGAGUGAUGUUACUGGCCUGGACGAUGUCGCCCAACAGGCCACGGGGAUCUCGCCCAACCUAAAAGCCGAUCUUGAACACUAUGCGGUUUUGAUCCAAGCCUUUGAUGCGAUUGCAAGGUGGGAGGCGGUUGAACACCCCACACCUGAACAAGCUACCACUGUGGCAGAGGCCACGCAGAGGGCCGCCACAAUUCUCGGUCCUGAGGCAAGCAAGGCAUCUAGACAGGCAUCUCUGUGGAUCAAGUACGUCCCAAUCCUAAUAUUGGAGGCUAUCCGCAUUCUGGAUGCCGCUAAUUUGUAUGAAAAGUCCCUGGAAAUGGCGGUUGUUGUCGCCGAGGAAAACUCCAAGCUCUAUAAUGUAUUUGUUGCCAGCAACAGACUGUCCGAUCUUUUGGAUAGUCUGGCUCGUGCAGAACUCAAUAAAUGGUAG